UGUAACAUGGUAUGGUCCAAAGAUGGCGUCGUCCGUGUUGAAGCGAUGUGUGACUGCUGCUGUCAAAGUUAACCGUUUAUCACCUUCCUUUACAGCCAGAAGAUGGUUACUGUCAGCAGCGUACACAGACACCAAACUGUGGGAGUCGAGAGAGAAAGAUCCUCAGAACCUGGCUGAACUGGCCUCCAUCAUGGACAGAACGUAUGACAAGAAUCUUCCAGUCAGCUCUCUCACUUUGUCCCGGUUUGUUGAGAACAUUUCAUCACGGGACGAGGUGGAUCAGGCAGAGUACUACCUUUACAAGUUUCGUCACAGCCCAAACUGUUGGUAUCUGCGAGACUGGACCGUCCACAGUUGGGUCAGACAGUGUCUGAAGUACGGGGCCACGGAGAAGGCUCUGUACACGCUGAAGAACAAGGUCCAGUACGGAAUAUUCCCAGAUGACUUCACCUUGAAUCUGCUCUUAGAUCUUUACAUUAAGGAUGGAGACUAUAAAAAUGCAUGCUGUGUAGUUGAGGAGGUGAUGCUUCAGGAGGCCUUUGACCUUCCGUCCACUCAGAUUCUGUCUCUCCAUGCUCUGAGCAUGUACCUAGCCUCCAGACCACAGCUCACGAUGUCAGAGCAGCGAAGUCUGGGUGCUUCACUGCUCAUCUGUGGCCUGACCCAAAACAACAACAUUGGCCUCAACACCCAGCUACUUGGAAACGCUCUUCUAGGUCUGGUAGAGAUGUCAAAGGGAAUACAUGCAGUGUUUAAAGGCAUGCCUCUGUUCUGGGGUCGUGGAUAUCUGGGUCGAGCCCUGGACAUCAUGGAGAAAGUAUCUGCUGAUACUGGAGACAUGAAGCUGAACAAAGACACUCUUGACAGCAUGAACGAUCUGCUGCAGGAGCUAUCCACAGCCUCAGACUCAGAGUCUUCAGGUGAGGAGUCAGGAGAGGAGGAGGUAAAAAAGAAAGAUGCUGUAGAUGAAGAUGACUUGGCUGAACGUGCUCAGCUGCCAAACUAUAUCAACAGAUUUAAGAAACUGAAGAGCCUACUAGAGUCCCAGGGUAAAGUGGACUCUGCCUCCCUGCAAGACUUAGUCAGCACUCUAGCCAAACAGAAGCUGGCUGCUUCAGAAAAACUGGAUCUGGAAGAGUAUAAGAAACGUAUUCAGGCCUGGGAGGUGGAUAGGAAACAUCUGAUUGAGAGGGAGAAGGAGUUUAGGGAGAAGGCAGAGCUGGAGAGACAGGAGAGGUUAGCAGCCCAGGCUGCAGCUCAGCAGGUGUAAAGGCGCAGAGAGACGGGUCCUGAACUGUCCUUCCAGUGUGUCUAUUACAGUUGUGUACUCUGGAGAAAUGAGAGGAAGAAAUUCAGUGUCUGUAAAAUAGUCAAAUACCAACAUUGUCAGUAGCCAGUUUCAGGUGAUUUUUUUCCCAAUUCAUUGAGGCCAAUACAAAUUAUGUGUACACAUUGUCUGUAUCAAUACAAUAAAUUUCAAUUUUUUUCUGUAUAAGAAAUAGUCUAUCAUUUAAUGUUCGUUGUUUAUUUCACUUGUUUUUAACCUGCUGCUUUAAACAAAAACUUUUUUUUACUUUGGCUAAUUUCCUUUUUUCAUAAUUAUUUGCUUUAUUGACUCCAUGUCUUUUGUGGUAAAAUAUCCACGCAGAAAUAUAAGCAGGAACUAGGAAGUGUACAGCUGAUCACUUCCUGUUUCCUUCUCUAUUGUCACCUGAUGGAGUGUACAGUGAUGUCUGCUGCUGUAGUCCAUCAGCUCCAAGGUGUGGCUGCAUGUGCUGUUUGUUCAGAGAAGGUUAUCUGCGAACCUCGGUUGUAAAGAGUUACUGUUGGAGUUACUGUUACUUUUCUUUCAUCUGUGAAUCUCAUCUGACCUCUGACAUCCAACACGGUCAUGCUUGUAUGAAACCACGGUCUAAUGUCUGGAGCAGAGGUCACAGACUGUGUGUCAGAGGGCCAGAGUUUUUUUGGACAGACACUAAUGCUUUAUUAGUAGGGGUCACAUGGUAUUUUCUCUUUAAUCCUCAUAAUUUUGGAAUCCGGUUGCAGGCCGGAACAGAUGGACCAGAUUUGGCCAGCAGGCCACUAGUUGAAGGAAAUUUCCAAAAUGACCAGCAUUUAGAAUAUUUACCAGCGUAGAUCAUGGUAUGUUUAAAAAACCAAAAGUUCACUAAAAUGUAGAACGUUUAUCCAACAUGCACUAUGUUGGGUAGCAAACAAUCCAGUGCUGCUUUUGUUUAUUUCCUGGGGAAAGAUUAGAUCCCUAGAAGAUACAAAGUCCUGCUGUAGUCCUGCACAUAAUGCAUUUAAUGCACAUUUUGCUUCUGCUAUUCAUUAUUCAGUAAACGGUCCUGGGAAAAAAAACUGACAUGCACUUAAGAGUAAACAAGCACUGCAAAAUACUCAAAAAGGCACAGUUGUGAACCCGAGGCUCCAUCUGACUGACGGAAUGACCAGAGUCUCCAUACACUUCAUUUUCCUCUUCACUGCAGACAGUUUGGCACAUCUUUAGGAAAAGUACAGGUGAAAAGUUUAUGGAAAAUACAUUAGUUUGUUGUUAAGCCUCCCACUGAGCCAGCGUGUACAGCAGCAGCAGCAACACUAGUAGCAGCAGCAGGGCCGUGGUAGGAGCUGGGCCUGGUGGAAUGUAUGUAUGUCUUUAAUGUUAUCAAUUACACCUGCGGGUUUCCUGCCACGAUUUGCCAAAACCGUACUCAGCUGUAUUUGACUGUCAGAAUUGAUCAUAAACUCAUCAUGUCUCUCCUCAUAAAUGUCUUAUUGUCAGAACCUAUUUGGAACAAAAAUGUGUUUCCCAGACAUGUGUAUGGCAAAAAGCCCAGGUGAAAUUUUGCUCUGAUGCUGAAGAAAUAAAUCUUUAAAAAUUG